AUGACAGAAACAGAAACAGAACCUAAAUUCAUCGAGGGGAAAGAUGAUGAUUCUCAAAAACCAAAAGUUCAAAGAGCAAGUAUCAGUUCACAAUUAGCCACUUGGCAUGCGGAUAGAGGAGAUAAAACUUUUAUUCAAGCUAUGAUACCUCGUAUACAUCAUCCUGCCAAUGGGAUCAAAGUCACGAAGAACCCUUUCAAAUUAUUAGCCAUGGUCUCGUUGUAUCCCGGAUGGCUCAUGUUUUUCUCUGGUUGGUUCGCUUGGACUUGUGAUGGUUACGAUUACUUCGCAGUCUCUUUGACCAUACCUCUCCUCGCUAAACAAUUCGACAAAACGACACAUGAUAUAACCACUGCGAUAACUCUUACUUUACUCUUCCGAUCUCUCGGAGCUGUCAUCUUCGGGAUUUUGGCAGAUCGAUUCGGACGUAAAUGGACUUUAACGGCGAAUUUGGUAGUGGUUUGUAUAUUCGAAUUGGGAAGUGGGUUUUGUAAUACCUAUUCUCAGUUCUUGGCAGUUAGGGCCUUAUUCGGAGUGGGUAUGGGAGGUAUCUGGGGUCAAGCAGCAGGAGCAGCACUCGAAAAUGUCCCCAUCGAAGCCCGUGGUAUCUGCUCCGGUAUCCUUCAACAAGGUUACGCAGCCGGAUAUCUUUUAGCGGCAGUCAUAAACCUAACCGUCGUCACUUAUUCCAAAUACACUUGGCGAUCAUUAUACUUUAUCGGAGCUGGAUUUUCCUUAGCAGCCGCUAUACUUCGUGCUGUUUUACCCGAAUCACCUCAAUAUGUCAAAGCUAGACAAGAAGCCAAAGCUUCUGGUCAAACGACAUCUCAAACGAGUAAAAAUUUCGCCAAGGAAACUUGGGUGAUGUUGAAGACGAAUUAUCUUAAAUGGAUUUGGGCGGUUUGUAUGAUGACUGGAUUCAAUUUCUUCUCCCAUGGAUCUCAAGAUCUCUUCCCGACUUAUCUCAUCACAUCAAAACAUUUAUCAUCUAAACUAGCUUCAAAAGCCACCAUCAUCUCAAAUUGUGGUGCUAUUGUUGGUGGUACUUUAGCAGGGUAUUCUUCACAAUAUAUAGGACGACGACUUGCAAUCAUCAUCUGUCUUUUGUAUACUGCAUGUUGGAUCCCACUUUGGAUAUUACCUUCUUCUUUUGGUGGAUUAUCAGCUGGAGGAUUCUUCAUCCAAUCAGGUGUUCAAGGCGCAUGGGGUGUAGUCCCUAUCUACCUAGGAGAAGUCGCCCCUCCCGCCUUCCGAGCAACUUUCGCCGGGUUGGCUUAUCAACUAGGUAACAUGGCUUCUUCCGGUGCGGCACAAAUCGAAACGGAUGCAGGGGAAAGUUUGAAAUUAACAGGUUCCAACAUACCUGAUUAUGCUACUAUUCAAGGGAUCUUGAUUGGUGUUGUGAUCGCCUGGAUGCUAAUCUUCGCUUUCUUAGGACCUGAAGCAGAUCAUUCACAUUUCGAAAAAGCAAAAGUAGCUUUCCAACAAGGAGCAGGAGCAGAAGCGACCACCGAAUUAGUCGAAACUAAUCUUCAAUCACCUUCCUCUCAUAGAUCUCGCAGAAGGGAUGAAUCUCAUCACGAUGAUUCGGAUCAUCAUCAACAUGUUGAAAAGAUGGAAGCUUGA